CCAAAUACUUGUCUCAGCAGUGGAGUAAAGCUUCAGGAAGAGGUGAAGUGGGGAAGCUGAGAAUUGCCAAAAAUCAAGGAAGAACUGAAGUAUCAUUCACUUUGAAUGAAGAUCUUGCAAACAUUGAUGAUAUCGGUGGAAAGCCGACUUCCAUCAGCGCACCCAGAGAACAUCCUUUUCUUCUACAAAGCGUGGGAGGACAAACAUUAACAGUGUUUACGGAGAGCUUUGUGGAGUGCCCAACGGAUGAAAAACCUGAGAGCAGCAGCUGCGAGAAACUGUCGAUAGAAGGCAUCGUGGUUCAGCGUGCAGAGUGCAGGCCAGCAGCCAGUGAAAACUACAUGAAGCUGAAAAGGCUGCAGAUAGAGGAAUCUUCUAAACCUGUCAGCUGGACCAUGCAACUGGACAAAGCGGUGACAACAAAUUACAAGCCAGUGGCUAACCAUCAGUAUAAUAUUGAAUAUGAAAGAAAGAAGAAAGAAGAUGGAAAACGGGCUCGGGCGGAGAAGCAGCAAGUGCUGGACAUGCUGUUUUCAGCAUUUGAAAAGCACCAGUAUUACAACAUCAAGGACUUGGUGGACAUCACUAAGCAGCCGGUGAGCUACUUAAAAGAAAUUUUGAGAGACAUUGGUGUCUACAACGUCAAGGGAACACACAAAAACACCUGGGAACUGAAGCCCGAGUACCGACAUUACCAGACUGAAGAGAAGAGUGAUUAAGCAGAGCUGGUAACCAAGCCGGGGUGACCUCGGGAAUGGGAAGGGCAGCUGCCCAGUUCACCCUGAUGGAGUCCACACAAGCCAUUUGUAACAAGCCCAGCUUCCUUUUUUUAAAACAAGUUUUUGCUAGGAAUUUGCUGGUUUUGGUUUUGGCAGUCAGGUUAUGUAUAGAAUAAACUUGUAUUAGACUUUU